AUGGCGGCAAUGCGGUGGUUGCCAUUUCUCUGCCUCGCCGUUGCUGCCGCUGGCAGCAUGCUACAUCAAGCUCGUGCCCAGGCUGACAGCAAAGGUUUUGUAAACAUAGACUGCGGUCACCCAGGGGAGACGUACGUAGAAACCGACACCAUAGCAAAGCUGCAGUUCGCCCCGGAUGCCGGUUUCAUAGACAGCGGUUCGAACCAUGACAUCUCCGUCGAGUACAUGAGCAGUCGGGCUCCCAAGUUUAUGCAGAACGUGCGCAGCUUCCCCGAUGGUAAGCGCAACUGCUACAAGAUUCGGUCCCUGGUGCGCGGGCUCAAGUACAUCAUCCGAGCGUGGUUCUUGUACGGCAACUACGACGGCCUUAACACAUCGCCCAUGUUUGACCUCUACAUCGGCGCAAACUUUUGGACGACGGUAAACAUGUCAGGGGGGCCAUCGGACACUUAUUUAACUGUAGAGGCCAUGGUGGUCGUGCCGGACGACUACGUGCAUGUCUGCCUGGUGAACACCGGCGACGGGACGCCGUUCAUCUCGGCGCUGGAGCUGAGGCCGCUUAAGAGCAUGCUCUAUCCACAGGUGAGCCCGAAGCAGGGCCUGAACCUGCACCGGAGGUUAGACCUCGGCACGGGGAGUAAAACGCGCGUAAUAAGGUACCCUGAUGACCCACAUGACCGAAUAUGGAGACCAGUGGAUACCACAGCGGAAUACCCCAGCAUCACAACGUUUAGAAGGGUGCAGAACCCAAACGAUGACCUUUUCCAGGUGCCGACGGAGGUGAUGGACACAGCGAUGACUGCCCGGAACGCCUCCUCGCUCAUAGAGAUCACCAUGCACCCUCAGCCUCAGCGCAACAACCCGUCGCCCGGGUACAUCGCUGUCCUGCACAUCGCGGAGCUAGGCAUUCUCAGAGGCAACGCCGUGCGCCAGUUCUACGUCAACGUCAACGGCAAGCGAUGGUACCCAGAUGCCCUCACACCGAAAUACCUCUCCAGUGGUGCCAUCUACGGUGCCAUUGUUCCCGACCAACAAGGCACCAUCACCAUUUCCAUCGAAGCCACCGCCGGCUCGACGCUGCCGCCGAUUAUCAAUGCUUUUGAGAGUUUCUCCGUCAUGCCCACCACUAAAGUCGACACCGAGUCCGAGGAUGGUAUGCCCUCGCCCACUUCGACCACUAACGCCGGGUCCAAGGAUGGUAACUUCGGCUCCAACAAGUCCGAGGAUGUCAUGUGCAUCGGUGGCAAUUCAUGCAAGAAGAGCAAUAAGCUUGUCCUCUACAUAGCCGUCCCUAUAGCCGGGCUUGUGGAUCAACAUGAACAACUCUGUAAAACUGCAACGUCAAAUGAGCAGCACCACGGUUGGGAUGAGAAGGAUUUCAAGAGGAUUCCAACAAUGACCGCCUGUCCUACUAUACGACGAACACUUAUUCGUUCCAAGUGA